ACAAAUUUGAUAUUAUGUGUAGAUCUACUCACUUGUUUUAGUUUGACACUAAUCAUUUAAAAAUUUGAAACAUUAACACAACUGUUGCAUGAAUUUUGCCAUCUUAUAACAUUGUAUCCAUUUUUGUAAACUGGUGCAAACCGUUGGGAAAUAAAGAAAUAAAUAAAUAAAUAAGGUAUGAUAGCCCCCAGAUUACCGAUAAAUUUUGAAAAUCGUGUAAAUCCCUUUCAUUUGUCUAUGAUAGUAGUUUAUGGAUCACACUUAUCAACUAAUUUCACUUUAAGCAAACUACAGUAUUACUGAACAAUUACCUUUAGCCUUUGUUCUUGCAGUUGUGUUAGAUUCCCACUAUUUCUGCAAGAACAAAGACUAAAGGUAACAAUAGUUCUUCAAUAAUUAGAUUUUCAAGUUCUUUCCACUGGUAAAAUAUGUAAAAUCAUCUAAACAAUCUAGUUGGCAAGUAGUCCUACAGGAUCCUUGUACUACCGUAAGCUACAUAAAAACCAUUGGCUGGCUGUUAGAAAUGGCCAGUGUGGAUUCACACUCACAGGUUAUUAAGGUUGUUCCAAGUUAUAUAAACGUCAUCAUUAAUAUAAUUUAUAGAUGUCAUGAUAAUGCAAUUGCUUUGAUAAAAAGUUGAUUAAAUACAAGAAACUAUAAAAUACUGAACUUGUAAAUAAACUUAACCCCAAAGUAAACUAUCCGAGGAACACAGUGAUGGAUUGGAGGUAGUAAACAGUGUAGUGUCGUGUGAAGUGUGCGCGAUGGAGAAUACUCUAGUGUUCAAGAACGGUGGAGUGUUUGGGCCGUCAAUGCCCACCAUCAACUGCCAAACUUGCCGGGCUCGACGGCUGAAAAGACUGAUGACGGCGUCGUUCCCGCAACAUCAUUCUGACACCUGUGAGCUCAAAAAAUUAUCGGAAGAGAGUCUCACAAGACAACCGGAAGAGGUGUUUGAUAUUAUCUGUAAAUUAGGAGAAGGAUCAUAUGGCAGUGUGUACAAAGCCCUUCAUAAGGAGUCGGGCCAGGUAUUGGCCAUCAAACAGGUGCCUGUGGACACUGACCUGCAGGAGAUUAUAAAGGAGAUCUCCAUCAUGCAGCAGUGUGACAGUCCGUAUGUUGUCAAGUACUAUGGCUCCUACUUCAAAAACACUGAUCUCUGGAUCGUGAUGGAGUACUGUGGUGCGGGCUCAGUAUCAGACAUCAUGAGACUUCGGAAGAAAACACUGUCAGAGGAGGAGAUUGCGACGAUACUCUGCGACACACUAAAGGGUUUGGAGUAUCUACACCUGAGGAGAAAGAUACAUCGCGACAUCAAGGCGGGCAACAUUCUGCUCAACACGGAGGGCCACGCUAAACUGGCUGACUUUGGUGUGGCAGGACAAUUGACGGACACGAUGGCCAAACGUAACACUGUGAUAGGAACUCCGUUCUGGAUGGCGCCAGAAGUUAUCCAGGAGAUCGGCUACGAUUGUGUGGCGGAUAUGUGGAGCUUAGGGAUCACAGCGCUAGAAAUGGCGGAAGGCAAACCACCCUACGGAGACAUUCACCCUAUGAGAGCCAUCUUCAUGAUCCCCACCAAACCACCUCCAUCGUUCCGAGAGCCCGAUCAGUGGUCGCCAGAAUUUAUAGACUUUGUCAGCCGAUGUCUUGUCAAAAAUCCUGAGGAAAGAGCGACUGCCAGUGAAAUGCUUCAUCACGAGUUUAUAGGAGCUGCCAAACAACCAACGAUACUGAGUCAGAUGAUAGCCGAGGCUCGGGAGAUCAGAGAAAACCAGAGCUGUCGGAACAACUCUACAAACGCGGCUGUGUCCAAACAGAACCACAUGGAGUCGGAUGAGGACGAGGUGCACAACAAGACAAUGGUAAACUACAGUGAAGUGGACAGUGGCACGUUGGUACCUGACAGAACACUGGUCAGCUCUCAGCUGGCCGAGGAGUUGGGCACUAUGGUGAUCAACAGCGACCCUGAGGACGAGUCUACCAUGAAAAGGCAUGACACGGGACCAGGGGAAUCUGGGAAAAAAUACAGACCACUAUUUCUAGAUCAUUUUGACAAGAAGGAAGCUGAGAGUAUAAAAGGCAAUGGACAGGCUCCUGUUACCAAUAUGGCCAACCACCACACCACGAUUACUCCGGACCUCAACUCCAAUGUACAGAACACCCAGCAGAACAACCAGAACCACGAGGGUGUGGGGGUUGGUGUUGAAGAGAGACAGAGAGUGUUGGUAGCCAUCGGAGGCGGCAACAGCAUCAUGGUUCCAACACAAGAGAACCAACCUAAGUUCCAUUCAGCGUUUGUAGACGGAGAUUUUGAAUUUUUAAAGUUCCUGAGCUAUGAUGAACUGCAGCAAAGAAUGACAAGUUUAGACUCAGAGAUGGAGAGAGAAAUCGAUGAGUUGCGAAGACGUUACCAGACCAAACGGCAACCUAUCCUGGAUGCUAUGGACCAAAAACGAAAACGGCAACAGAACUUCUGAAUAUUAGAAUAUAGAGAAACUUGCUCUGAUUUUCAUAAAAAUAGGAUAAAGGAAUCUUUGGGUCGUAAGUUUGAGAAUAACAUUUGUGGCGAUUCCACUGUUUUCUCAAGGUUUUGCUUUGCAGACGUGUCGUUAAAAACCAUUUGCCAUUCAGUAUGGUUAGUCUUGGAAGGCAAUCAUUUCCAAGGCUUGUUAAGUCCAGCAUAAGUUAAAAUAAAAUAGAACUAAAGUUAACACAGAGAAAUGAGUGGUUCGAAAGAUUAGACAUGUAUGUAAUUUACUAAGAUUUUGGUUUAGACUGGCUUUCUUAAAAGUUAAAUUAUUUAGGUUACCUAAUUCAGGACCAUAUAUUUAUUCCUCAUUUAAAAUUAGGCAUGUUUUAUUUUAUUUUUUGAUUAAAAUUAGUUGUAAUAACCUCAGAACUGCAACAUCGACUAAUAUGAGUUUUAAAGAACCUGUUAGAUGGUAUUGGUGUUUGGAACUACUGACGGAUAUUAGUCCCCAUACAGUAUUAGUCAAAUGAUUAUUUAAAGUUUUUUUUUUUUUUUGUAAAGAGCACUUGGCUUAAGAAUAAUGUGUUAAGAACCAAUGGAUACUCAGCUAACUUGCAUAACUUAGCAAACAAUGUGUUCCAGGCCACAGAAAGCACACAAAAGUUAACAAUGGAAGUUAGUUGUGGAUCGAUACUGCACUCAAAACAUAAUACUGAAAAUACAAUUUCAAUCCACAACUUUAAAAUUUAUAAGUUUUGUGUACUGCUUAGUAUUAUUGCUUCCUUACUUUAAACGUAUGGAAUGAUAAUGAGUGUGUGCCAGUCUUCCCGUUUUAAAUUUUACCUCUGUAACUUGUCUUAAAGUUACCAAGUUUACCAUAGUGUUCACUGAACACUUGACUGUUUAUGUUGCCAUCAGUAUUUCAGUUGAAUUCAUUCUAUCUGCCUACAUUACCUAUAACAAGUUUUUACAGACUGCAAAUCAAAGUAUCAACACAUUUUCCAGAAUUAUUUGUUUAUUUUGUUUACUGUUACUUAACUUAAACCUACCAUCAACAUGAAUAAGCAUUUUUUAAGUAGGGUAAAAGUAUGGUAAUUAUCUUAAACAAAUGUUCAACUUGUACAGUGUUGGAAAGACCUGUUGUUUUGUUUCUCCCUAGGGAGUAAAAAUUUGCUGUUUUAACUCUGAUUCUAAGCAAUGGCAUGUAUUGAUUGUUUUAAUCGGUUGUAGCUUAAAGUUGCAUUCUUGUCAACAGUUCGGCAAAUUGAUAGUAUAAGGUAUACUAAUACAAUCGUAAUUGACAAAAUGAUUGAAACACUUUCUAAACAGCUGAUUAUUUGCGUUGGCAAAAUUGAAAAGAAAUUAAUAGUUGUUUUGAGACGUUAUCUUUACAUAAAACAUAUUUAAUUUUGUGAAUUAGUUUGCUUAAAUAAUGGUGCAAUAUUACAAAAAAAUAUAGUUCAUCACACAGGCAUAAAGUGUCUUCUCAGCCCUUGCUCAUUAUUCCGACCUACGCCGUAAAACUUGAGCUCGGAUCAAAAAGAGUCACUUUACACUCUAUUGAUGAAAUAUACAAUUAAGUAGUCUCUACAACUGUUAUUAAGAAUGAUUAGAAAUAGUAUUCAUACAGUUAAGUUAGUAAGUAUAACAUGAACGUAUACAUAUAGUAAAUUUACAAUCUUUCCCCAUUGCUAAAACUGUAUACAAUUUGACAAAUGACAAUAUAUUGUUUGUAAUUUUUAACUUGCAUGAUUAAGUGUGCUGCAUGGGUAGAUUUUUCACCAAAGGCUAAAAAUAGAUUUUAUACAACAUAUUAGUGCACAGAAUAAAUACAUAACAGGUUGCAUCUUUAGAGGCAUUAUAACAAUAUAAGGAAUGGAGUAAUGUAGUAAAUUCUCCAGUAUCAUUAAUAAUCCAUGGAUUUGUCGUACAAUUUUUGUGAGACGGACAUUUGAUUAUAAUCAAAACCUUUAAAUUUUUAAACUUCAUAAGAGUAUUUCCUUACAUAUUUCUCUUCUGAGAAAACGUAAUAGUGUAUUGUUAGUUCUACAUAAUGCAUAAUCUUACUUCCAGACAAUACUUUUUACAAAUUAGAGUAAAGCAUUCAGUAUGUUGUUUUGUCAAAAUGUGUGUGUAUUAGAACUAGCUACUGCCUACAAGAAUGUAUUACCUCGAUGAAUUUACCAUGAUAGUUAGGUGUGAUUUUAGAUAGAGAGAGCUAUGACACGUUGUAAGCUUAGCAGAAUUUCCACCGUAACUCUUUGCCUUUGUGAGAGAAAGAAUAUUUUUUAAUCAGCAGAUAAAUUUUAUAGCACAGUUCAAAAUCCCUAUUUUUUUAGAUCAAUGUUGGUAAAAUUAAAAUUGAUGUUAACAUUUAUGGCUUGUAUGGACUUUUAGGAUAGCAUAAAUAAAACUGUAAGAGUGCUAGAUAAGCAAUCAAUAGUUACAACAUUGUUUAGGAUAUCUUCUUAAAUGGUGGGAGUUGGUGGUUUUCUAUGAUUUUAUUUCCUUGCCAACUCAAUUUGUUUGCCAUUAAUCCACACUAAAAAUAAAAUCUUGAUAUUUUUGUUCUCUCUAGAUGUUACACUUGAUCGAAUAGGCCGAUAUGAUUUCAGCAUAAUAUACAGGUUAAGAUAACUUUACCUGUGACAAUCAAGAAUUUUUAAUUUAAAUUUUAUAGUCAGGGAAAUUGUGUUGUUACCAUGUUAUUCCCACCAUUAACAAGCUCUUGUUUAUUCUUUACUGUAAUUAUCAUGUAAUUCUUAAGCUAAUAAGUAGUUUAUCAUUGAGAUAAGUAUAUGUUUUAUAACAGUAUGCUCUGUGAAAAUUAAGAAUAUUUCCACAUUUUUUUUAAAUUGAGUCUGAUACUUGGAUAUUAUGACUUGUGGUUCUAAUCGCCAUUAUUUAUGUCUUGUUUCUCGCUUCUCUUUGGCCCCUUACACCUGAGACCCAAAGCAGCAACUUUUCUACGUAGCUCAGGUAUUUUGCUCUGGUGCCCUUUGGAACAUGGUUGCAUCUUGUGUACAUAGUUCCACAUGUACAGUGUACAUAUAUUUAGUAUAAUCGUAAUAUGAUAAGACUGGGUAACUGAUGCUAGGUUUAUUUUUUACUACCACGAGACAGUGUAAUUGUUGUUGGUCGAGUUACAAGUGAGAACUGUUUGUAAACUUAGUAGAAUAUCGCCCGAUGUUGUUGCCAUAUUUUGCACCGAGAAUCAAAUUUUGAUUGAUGUAAAAUUUAUUUGAUUUGUGAUAUAAUAUUUUGUAUCUAAUUAGCUAUAAAUUUUGUAUUAUAUAGUUUUUAUUUAACAAUUUUGUAGAAUCUGAAUGUUUUUCAUUUUCUGUUAUUUAUUUUAACUAGAUGGAUUAGACGUCUUAAUUUGUUGGAUUUUAAUCGUCUUAUUACUGUUUAAAGUAAAAUUUACCUUUUUAUUGUUGCUGUUUAUUAAUUUUGUAAUAAUAAAUUGAUCACCACCAGAAA